AUGGCCAAUCAGGUUGGAAAAUCCAAGUACCGCCUCAAAGUCACAGCGGGCCCGGACUACGACCCCUCAACGCACAAACCAGUCGAAGUGAACGGCAAGACUCUCAAGUUCGAAAGUCCCCGCGCUCAAGCUGAGCUCAACGUCCGAAUCCAGGACUACGGCAGAUACCCGGACUCAUCGCCAUUCACAAGUCCAUACUUCAGACAUCCACUACCUGAAACAGACCAAUACUCCAUCUCAUCAUCCAUUGUAUUUAAAGAGGAUAUCAACGGCAAUGACGUCGUUUUCGGCAACGACUUCGACUACCCGAUCCGCGACAUAUUGCCAUGGGGAUUCAUGCGGCGCUCAAAACCGUAA